AUGUCUUCGGCUCAGGAAAAGGCGCAGAACUACCUCGGUGUUCUCGAUAAGGAGCUCUCCAAGUACCCUGUCCUUAACAACCUCGAGAAGCAGGCUGGUGUUCCCAAGGCCUACGCCGCCCUCGGAGCUGCUGCUCUCUACUUCCUCUUCAUCGUCUUCAACAUUGGUGGACAGCUCCUCACCAACAUUGCCGGCUUCAUCAUACCCGGCUACUACUCUCUCAACGCCCUCUUCAGCUCAUCCUCUUCCGAUGACACGCAGUGGCUGACUUACUGGGUCGUCUUCUCCGCCUUCACCGUCCUGGAGAGCCUCAUCAGCAUCGUCUACUGGUUCCCCUUCUACUUUGCUUUCAAGUUUGCCUUCCUCCUCUGGCUCUCCCUCCCUCCCUUCUACGGCGCCCAGAUCAUUUUCCGAUCUUUCCUCACUCCCACUCUUGGCCGUUACUUCGAUGCCUCUAGCCGCUCGUCUGGCCUCCGCUCCAAGGCCGACGGUAUCAGCAAGUCUGACUAA